AUGACCACACCAUAUCUCAGCAGCCUCGAUGGCUUCGCAUCCAACAAUCUCGAGAGUCCGGUUGACUCCCGUGGCGAGACCAUCUCCGCUCGACGCACCAACGCCUUGAGCACAAAACUUACCAGUGUCCUCUCUUCGUCGUAUGUAGACCACGAAAUCCGGGAUGCACUCCGCCUACUCGACGUCCGCGGUGUGCACAAUGAUGAAGAAACGAGACGGAAUCUCAAGCUCAGCGCCCAAAGGGAGGUCAUAGACUGCAACGCCAAGGUCGUGGACGACUUCGGCCAUGUCGCUGAGCAACUCCGCCGCGUGGGCUCGUUGCUCUCCACGCUCAACGCGACAUGUUCCUCGAUGCGUCAGCAUAUCAUCGCCGCGAAACAAGAGUCUGCGCCCGUCCUGGAGGAAGCGAGUACGCUCAUCUCUCGUAGACAAGAGACGGAGACGAAGCAGAUGCUUCUCGACGCCUUCAACUCGCACUUCCUCAUCUCCACGGCCGACGCGAAUAUCCUGACGAGUUCCGCCGAACCCCUCGACGAUCGCUUCUUCACUGCCCUCACGCGUGCAAAGACCGUUUACCGAGACUGCGAAGUGCUGUUGGGGUACGAUGGGGAGAACCAACGCCUGGGGCUCGAGUUGAUGGAACAGACGACUCGCACGCUCGACGCGGGAUUCAAGAAACUAUACAAUUGGAUCCAACGCGAGUUCAAGACGCUCGAUUUGGAGGAUCCGCACAUCAGUACGGCCAUCCGGCGGGCGUUGACGGUACUUAGCGAGCGCCCGACGCUGUUUCAAAACUGUCUCGACUUCUUCGCGGAGGCGAGACAAAGUACAUUGGACGAGGCGUUCCACGCGGCACUCACGGGGACGGGGCCGGCGAACACCAAGGCAAUCGAAUUCUCCACGCACGAGCCCCUACGGUAUGUGGGAGACAUGCUCGCUUGGGUUCACGCCGCGGCCGUGUCGGAGAACGAAGCGCUAGAAGGUCUCUUUGUCGGCGACGCGGAUGAAAUCUCGAGAGGUCUGGCGUCGAAAGCUGACAGCGAACCUUGGGCACGAAUCAGGGGCCACGCGAUGAGUACGUCCAAUGAUGACAAGGAGGAGGACGAGGACGAUGACGAUGAGCGGCGAGACACCGUGUUCGACGGGCGCAAGGCGCUGGCUGACCUGGUGUCGAGAAACCUCGCCGUGGUGUGCGAAACGCUCCAGUCGAGGAUCGACGUGUCAGUCCGCAGCAGCGGCGAUCCCGUGCUGAUGUUCAAGACGUUCAACCUGCUGGACUUUUACCGGGGCAUCUUUGACAAGCUGCUCGGCCCCGAGUCUGCCCUCUGCAAGGUCAUCCGCAACCUACAGUCGUCGACGCUGUCGCAGUUCGAGGCGACCAUGGCUGAAGAGACGACGGCGGCGACGACCGUGGAGACGGCGCCGUCCGGCGAUCUCAGCCCGCCCGCCUUCCUGGCCACGGCGUUGACGCAGUUCUCCGAGGUCGCGCGCGCCCGAGGGCCUCAGAUGACGGAGCCGGAGCUGGAGAGGCUCUUCGAUUCCAUGCUGACGGGCAUCCUGACCGCCUGCGCGGAAUCCGCCGCCCGGGUCCCCGACACCAAGAAGAGUGACAUCUACAGGCUCAACUACGCGACCGCCCUCAAGACGACCAUGGCGGCCGUGUCGGCCCAGGUGCCCGUGGCCCAGGCCUCGCUGGAGAGGGCAGGGCUGGAGAUGCGGACCCUCCGGGACCGGCUGGUCGAGUUGCUGACCACGUCGCUCCUGGAGGACUCCGGGGUCCGGGACCUGGUGCAGGAGCUCGACGUCCGCCGGAGCCACGGCGCCCGGGCCCGGAGGGCGUGGCUCGCGACGAACCUCGACGAAGCCGCCCAGCGUCUGGACGACUUCUUGUCGUCCGCCCUGAUGGACGCCCAGGAGGGCAUGAAGAAUCUGCUGGACCGGACGCUGGCCAAGGACGUGGUGUCGGAGGCCGUGGAGAAGUUCUGCGCCGAAUUCGACGAGCUCGAGGGCAUGCUGGAGAUGGUCGACGCCGAUGAUGGUGCCGGUGUGGAUGGAGUAGGUGAAUCUGGCGAACAUGCCGCUCCGGAACAGUUCACUUCGUUGAGGCAGCUGUAUCCUAGGACGGGAGCUGAAGUUCGGGCACUACUUAGUUGAUACCGUCCUCCAUACCAUAUGCUAAGACAGGACAAAAUUCAAACACGUAAAUGACGAGGCACUUUUUCAGAGACGAG